AUGCUUUUGAUAUCCAAAAGGCUAAAAUGUUGCGGAGUGACCGGCGCGGAAGAUUUCACUGGAUCCAAAAGCUUUGAUAACCAAUUCGUCACCAACGAGGGCACAAUCGAAUCCUGUAUUGAUAGCGAUUUACUGCUCGCAGUUGGGAGCUGUUACGGCCAAGAAGCCCAGACCGCACGUGAUUGGCUUGCCAGUCUAGCAUCAAGGCGGACUCCGAUUGGUAGGAAGUCUGGACCCAACAGCCAAUCGCGAUACGUGCUACGGUAUCCGGUGUCCUGCUGUAAGCGGAAAGGAAAUUACGAUAAACUGCCAAACAAAUGUCCGGAAGUGUUUGACGAGCGAAAUAGUUACAUCAAAACCGGAUGUUGGCCUUUGCUUGAAGGACAAGUUUUGUCGGCCCUCACAAAGGUGUCAUUUAUCGUCAUAUUCACUAUACUGAUUGAA